UGGGAGGGGGCACUGGGAGCACUGGUGGACAGCUGUGCCCCUGGGCUGUGCCCCGACUGGGACUCGUGGGACCCGAGCAGGCCCAUAGACAACGCGCGGGAGGCCAUGCAGCAGGCGGACGAGUGGCUGGGCAUCCCCCAGGUGAUCACCCCCGAGGAGAUCGUGGACCCCAACGUGGACGAGCACUCGGUGAUGACGUACCUGUCCCAGUUCCCCAAGGCCAAGCUCAAGCCGGGGGCCCCCCUGCGCCCCAAACUCAACCCCAAGAAGGCCCGAGCCUACGGCCCAGGGAUCGAGCCCACUGGGAACAUGGUGAAGCAACGGGCCGAGUUCACGGUGGAGACCAUCAGCGCGGGGCAGGGGGACGUGCUGGUCUACGUGGAGGACCCCGCCGGGCACCGGGAGGAGGCUAAAGUGGUGGCCAACAAUGACAAGAACCGAACCUUCUCCGUGUCCUACGUGCCCAAAGUCACCGGCACGCACAAGGUGGGAGCUGGGGAGGAAGU